AUGAGGAAGCGAGUCCUCACGUCGGAUUCAAUCUAUCCCGACAAUAUCUGGGAUCUUUACUACUUCAACACACAUCCGCGCAAGCCGCGUCGAGUAAAGCGCAGAUUAUUCAAUGCGAGCGCGAAAGUCGUAUCUCACACUACGCGAACACCAACACAUCCGACGGAACGACGGACUUUCUACGACUUCGCCAAAUGGUAUAAAACAUCGAUAGCGGCGACAGACAAGCAUACAAUAGCGAGGCUUUGGUCUGCUGUUGUUGUAGAGUCUCUGCAGCGCGCCCUCCCCGUCGCCGUCGCCGCCCCCGCCGCCGCCAUGUCGCCGCUCGCUCGCUCGCUGCUCGCCCGCUCGCUGCUCGCGCUCGCCGCACUGCUCGCCACCGCUCACGCCGUUGACGAAUGUAUCACGGUACAAGUUGGUCAGAAAACCAACGUCCCAAUUCCAAUAAAUCCGGCAAAGGUUCCGGAGCCAGAAGGCGUUGUGACUAUUUCGAACGGCUGCGAACCAGGACAUGUGAUUGGUGAGACAAUAAGAGUCUGCAGCCAUGUGCAAGGCUGUGUCCCAACCAUCGAUAUUGAUAAAGGCCAGUACUCCCCGGUCAAAGUAGGCUGCAAGUGUCCCGGCGGUUGUGUGCUGGACGGCAUCCAAUACUGUUAACUGAUUCACGUCAUUAUCUCUGCUGUUCAAUGUUCCGCUAGAUGGUGCACCAAGCCGCGAGGUUAGGAAUUUUAUUUAUCUUUUUCUUAUAUGUCGUUUGAUAAAAUUAUUCGUCAAGUUUUUGAAAACCUUCAUGAAAUUGUGUUAUAAUGAUUCUUUAUUUUAACCUGUUGUACCUAUAACAUAUUGUGUAACCUUAUGUUACUAAAACAGUUUAAAUUCGAGUUCUUUAUUUUAUUUAAAUUAAUUUCUAAUUGAAUAUUUAUUUCAUUGUUGCACAAAUAUUAUAAUUUAUAUUAUUUACUUGUAUUUAUUAAAAUAAAUAAUAUUGAUGGAUAAUAUUGAUGGUGGAUGGCA